UAAAGUCAGCUUAGACGAAGAGAAGGAGCUCCUCGUCGGUUUCCACUUUACAUGAGUUCAUUUGGAUUUCGGUUGAUGGUUUUUAUUUUUUGAGGACUGUCUACUGCCGAAGAUCAGACUUUUCACAAGUUGAUUGCUGGUUAUUUUCCGAUUUAACUAAGAGGAUAACGUCCAUUAAUUGAAUGUCCACUGACGCGCCGGUGUUCGAACCUCAAGUCUACCCGAACAAAAGUAUAUUUUUUCUCAGCAAUGAACUUGAGGUGGCGACAGACAAGGUUGCUGGUAAGCUGAGUUCUACUCUCUCAUGGGUGAAGAACUCUGUGUCCCACACGGUCAGUCAGAUGGCUAGCCAGGUGGCCACGCCCACGUCCCUGCAGACCACCUCCUCCUCCACGUCGCUGUCCUCGCCCGCCCUCUCCCCGGCCUCACCGGGCCAGCUCAGUCCCGACGAUGUGCAGCUGCUCGCCAAGCUCGAGGAGCAGAACAGGCUGCUGGAGACUGACAGCAAGUCGCUGCGCUCCAUGAACGGCUCCAGGCGAAACAGCGGCUCCUCCCUGGUGUCCAGCUCCUCCGCCUCCUCCAACCUGUCCCACCUCGAGGAGGACUCCUGGAUCCUGUGGGGACGGAUCGUCAACGAGUGGGAGGAGGUGCGCAAGAAGAAGGAGAAGCAGCUCAAGGAUCUCGUCAGGAGAGGGAUCCCUCACCACUUUCGGGCGAUCGUGUGGCAAUUGUUGUGCAACGCGCAGAAUAUGCCCAUCAAGGAUCAGUACUCGGAACUCCUGAAGAUGACGUCGCCCUGUGAGAAGCUGAUUCGCAGGGACAUCGCGCGCACUUACCCCGAACACGAGUUCUUCAAGGAAAAGGACAGCCUGGGCCAGGAAGUGCUCUUCAACGUCAUGAAGGCGUAUUCCCUGGUUGACCGCGAGGUCGGCUAUUGUCAGGGGAGUGCAUUCAUUGUAGGACUGCUGCUCAUGCAGAUGCCAGAAGAGGAGGCCUUCUGCGUGUUUGUGAAGUUGAUGCAGGACUACAGAUUACGAGAGCUCUUCAAGCCCAGCAUGGCCGAGCUGGGACUCUGCAUGUACCAGUUUGAGUACAUGAUUCAGGAACAACUCCCAGAUCUGCACAUCCAUUUCCAGGCUCAGAGCUUUCACACCUCCAUGUAUGCCUCCUCCUGGUUCCUCACCAUCUUCCUCACCUCCUUCCCUCUGCCCGUCGCCACGAGGAUCUUUGACAUCUUCAUGUGUGAGGGUCUGGAGAUAGUGUUCCGCGUUGGGCUGGCCAUCCUCCAGAUGAACCAAACCGAACUCAUCCAGCUGGACAUGGAGGGAAUGUUACAGCACUUCCAGAGAGUCAUCCCUCACCAGUUGGACAGCGGACCGGAUAAAGUCAUCCAGGCUGCUUAUCAAGUUAAAUACAACGGCAAGAAGAUGAAGAAGUUAGAGAAAGAAUACACUACAAUCAAAACUAAAGAGAUGGAGGAGCAGGUGGAGAUAAAGAGGUUGCGGACGGAGAACCGUCUUCUGAAGCAGAGGAUAGACACGCUAGAGAAAGAAAGUGCUUCCUUGGCAGAUAGAUUGAUCCAGGGACAAGUGACUCGGGCUCAGGAGGCAGAGGAGCUGUACCUGGUCAAGCGGGAGCUGGCCACACUCAAACAGCAGAGCGAGGAGGCCGGUGCUCAGCUGGAGCAGGCCAAGGCAACCACCAGGCAGCUCCAUCAGCCGCAAGCGAAGGGGGCCCCUCGGUACUCUGAGGAGUCCGUCCUGCAGCUGGAGAGAGAGCUGGUGCAGGCCCGGCUGAAGGAGGCGGAGUCUCAGUGCGCCCUCAAGGAGAUGCAGGACAAGAUCUUGGAUAUAGAAAAGAGGAACACGUCGCUACCUGAUGAUACCAAUGUGGCACGUCUACAAGACGAGCUGAUCUGCGUGAAGCUGAGAGAGGUGGAGGCUCUGACCGGCCUGAAAGAGCUGAGGCAGCAAGUCAGAGACCUGGAGGAUCACUGGCAGCGUCACAUGGCACGCACCGCUGGUCGCUGGAAGGACGGCCCCAAGAAGAAUACGCUGUGCGAGCUGCAGGACGAGCUGAUGAGCGUGAGGCUACGUGAGGCCGAGGCGCAGGCAGAGCUGAGGGAGACGCGGCAGAGGAUGCUGGAGCAGGAGACGCAGAAUCAGAUCCACAGUAACCAGCUGCGGCGGGCGGAGCAGGAGAGUCGCUGUCUCCAGGAGUGUGUGCAAACGCUGACGCUGCAAAAUAAAGACCUGCAUGGGCAACUGCAGGAGAUCAAGCGUAGACAAGCUGAGCUAGAGUGCAAGAGUAAGGAGGAGGUGAUGGCAGUGAGGCUGCGGGAGGCAGACAACAUUGCUGCAAUGGCUGAGCUCCAGCAGCAGAUCUCCGAGCUAGAGAUUCAGAAAGAAGAAGGAAAGGUCCAAGGCCAACUGAACCACACGGACUCGAGCCAGUACAUCCACGACCUGAAAGACCAGAUAGCAGAGCUAAAAGACGAGAUUCGCUGCUUAAAAGGACAGCGAGGACGGCCCAGUCAGCCCACUUUUGAUGGGAUCCACAUCGUCAAUCACUACGUGGGGACCACGGGACCCUACCAGUCCUCAGAUGAAGACGGCGUCAAGGGCCCGAGCCUGCAGGAGACCCAGCAGAGGAGCAGGGUCCGGAUCCGGCUGCCCGCCAACCUCGGGGACACGGACAGCGAGGAGGAGGAGGACGACGACGACGAUGAGGAAGACGAGGAGUCCCUGCGGCUCACUGUACCCCCGAGCGGCAGCCACAAGUCCACCACCGUGUGACGAGCGGCCGCCGAGAGGCGGGGCCAAGGGCGCCCGGCGCUCGCUGAGGAGGAGGAGGCGUUUCCUAGCAGCCAUUUCAGAGGAGAAGCUCUGAGUUUCAGGGGGGAAAUGCAUCAUCAUUUCAUGUCGAGAGAAUCAUACUUCUGGAUUUAGUUUGUUUUGUUUACCUCCCCUUUUGUUUCCUCUCUGCGGGCAGCAAACACUUGUUGUGCGUUGUUUACAGACCUUUGGUGUCUUUCGUAUUGCGGCGCGUAUCAAUCUCUUAACGCCCUCCUGUAGGUACAACACACACAAAGACCUUUCAUGUCAUACUGCGCACUUAACUGUGUUUUUAUAUUUUUAAAGCGUUUUAUAAAUGGACAUUAAACACGCAUUGAUUCCGUUACUACAAAGUGUCCAUGAUGCAGAGGCAGAAUUGUUAAGGCGUCCUGUGUGUGUGUAUCGAUUGUCUUGGUCAACAGCCAAUAUCAAAGCUGCCUGUGUUGACGACGUGGCCUUAGCACGCGCGCAUGCCUACAACCAGUUUAACGUCUAUACCUGUAGAUAUGUAAAUGUGUACUUGUUUGGUGUUUUUCAAUUCCUUUUUGAACUUGAAACCAUGUAUCUGUUGCAUAUCUGAUGUGUAGAAUAUACAGUAAGACGCAGAAAAAAAGGGACGGAUGGGUUAGUUUAAUGUGGUAACACAAAUGUCCCCGUGAGGAGAGUUGCUGUUUUUCAUUCUCCAUGCAGGAAGGGGAGGGGGGGGGGGCGGCAGGUUUAUGUGGCCGUUGCAUCGGCUCCCCUGAAAGAAUCCAGCUUUAUUUUCAAAAGGCGCCCCGCGGCGGGCAGAUCGGCAGGCGGUUGGUGGGUCACACCUUUUGCACGGGGAUGGAUGGUGGUCCGAGGAAACUCAAACUGGGAGAAAACAACACCGUACACUUUGACACAAACUGGGGAGGAAUGGAGAGUCGUCGCGGGUUACCAAAGGAAGCGCUACCUUCUGCAUCGUGCUCGUCCACAGGCCAUCCCACUCCAUUUCAUGCAGCGAGGACCCCCCCCCCCCCCCCCGACACACACAUGGUGUGUGUGUGUGUACGACCUUUCAUUUCCUCCGAAUGUCUGUAUCGAACACUAACUCCUGCACGCUGUGGUCUGGUCGGGGAAACGGAAAGGACUGUGACUUUUGAGUUGGUGGUGAUAAUGUCCCGCCGAUGAGCGAGUGUUGUUCGAUGGGAGAAGAACACUUUAUGGCACUUUUUGAGUCUGCAGUGCGGUGAGGACAUGCAUGGCAACACUAUGGAGCAGAUGGCACACUAAACAGACUAAAUGUGUGUGUGUAUGUGUGCGCGUAUGUAUGUAUGUAUGUGUGCGUGCGUCUGAGUGUGAAGAGUUCACAAUAAAACCGUUUAUUAAACUUG